UGUUUGACACAGAUGAGACUGUUCCAGUACCAGAACCACGUCCCAUCAGAUAUUACCAACAGAAGCUUCAGCCAAACUUCCAGCACACGUUUAAGGUUACAACAGAGGGGUGGGCAGCAGAUAAGCAGCUUCUGGUUGAUAUCUACACAGAGCUGUACAUCACAGCUGGCCGGGACGUGCACGUCAACACACAGCAUGAGGUCCUACAGAUUGACAAGGUGUGGAAGCCAUCAGACACAGAGACACAGAUCCAACCCAGAGACAUUUUCCAGCAUCCUUCCGGAAAAGACAUAUCCAUCAGAACAGUGCUGACCAAUGGGAUUGCAGGGAUUGGAAAAACAUUCCUCGUGCGCAAGUUUGUGUUGGACUGGGCCGAAGAAAGAACAAAUCAAGACGUGCAUCUUAUUUUCCCGUUCACUUUCCGUGCCCUGAAUUCACUGCAAGGAAAAAAGUUUGGUUUGACAGAGCUCGUUCAUUUCUGUAUCCCAGAAACUAAAGGCAUCACAGAGGAAGCUCUGAAUUACAUCUUUACAGCUCUGCAGUCAUCAGGAAACAGCAGCUACAAGCAGAGCAGAUUCAAACUGCUGUUUGUGUUUGAUGGACUGGACGAGAAUCGCCUUAAUCUGGACUUUCAGGUCGACGACAUUCCCUCUGUGGAUGUAACAAAGUCCAAUAAGGUAGAAGUCUUGCUGAGGGAACUGAUCAGAGGAAAACUUUUGCACUCAGCUCGCCUCUGGAUAACCACACGACCUGCAGCAGCCAAUCAGAUCCCUCCUGACUGUGUGGACAUGGUGACGGAGGUCAGAGGGUUCACCGACCCACAGAAGGAGGAGUACUUCAGGAAGACAUUCAGUGAGGAGGAGCAGGCCAGCAGCAUCAUCUCCCACAUGAAGAAGUCACGAAGCCUCCACAUCAUGUGCCACAUCCCAGUGUUCUGCUGGAUCACUGCUACAGUUCUGCAGGAGCUGCUGAGAAGCAGAGAGGGAGGAGAUCUGCCCAGAACCCUGACUGAGAUGUACACAGAGUUUCUAAGAUUUCAGAUUGAUCACACAAAACAAAAGUACGGUCCAAAGAAGUGCAAGCAGUACAUAAAGUCAUUAGCUAAACUGGCUUUUGAACAGCUGCAAAAGGGCAACCUGAUCUUCUAUGAGAAAGAUCUGAGAGAAAGUGGCAUCGAUGUGAGUGAAGCCUCAGUGUACUCAGGAGUGUUCACAGAGAUCUUCAAAGAAGAACGAAGACGGAAACAGGAAGACAAGAUGUUCAGCUUCGUCCAUCUGAGCGUUCAUGAGUUUCUGGCUGCUCUUCAUGUCCAUCAGACCUUCAUCAAAUCUGGAAUCAACCUGAUGGAAGAAAAACAACACACUUCCUUCACGAAGCUGAAAGUAUUUCUGAAGAAACCUGAACUAAAACAUCUCUACCAGAGAGCUGUGGAUGAGACCUUACAGAGUCCAAACGGACACCUGGACUUGUUCCUGCGCUUCCUCCUGGGUCUGUCACUGCCGACCAAUCAGAAUCUCCUACAAGGCCUGCUGACACAGACAGGAAGUAGCUCACAGACCAAUCAAGAAACAGUGGAGUACAUCAAGAAGAAGAUCAGUGAGAAUGUGUCUGCAGAGAGAAGCAUCAAUCUGUUCCACUGUCUGAAUGAACUGAACGAUGUUUCUCUAGUGGAGGAGGUCCAACAGUCCCUGAGAUCAGGACGUCUGUCCACAGAUAAACUGUCUCCUGCUCAGUGGUCAGCUCUGGGCUUCAUCUUACUGUCAUCAGAAGAACAUCUUGACGUGUUUGACCUGAAGAAAUACUCUGCUUCAGAGGAGGUUCUUCUGAGGCUGCUGCCAGUGGUCAAAGCCUCCAAGAAAGUUGUACUGAGUGGCUGUAAUCUGUCAGAGAGAAGCUGUGGAGCUCUGUCCUCAGUCCUCAGCUCCCAGUCCUCCAGUGUGACAGAGCUGGACCUGACUAACAACAACCUGAAGGAUUCAGGAGUGAAGAGUCUUUCUGCUGGACUGGAGAGUCCACACUGUAAACUGGAAGCUCUAAGACUUAAUAACUGUAAUCUGUCAGAGAGAAGCUGUGGAGCUCUGUCCUCAGUCCUCAGCUCCCAGUCCUCCAGUGUGACAGAGCUGGACCUGACCAACAACAACCUGCAGGAUUCAGGAGUGGAGAGUCUUUCUGCUGGACUGGAGAGUCCACACUGUAAACUGGAAGCUCUCAGGCUGUCAGGCUGUCUGGUCACAGAGGAAGGCUGUGCUUCUCUGGCCUCAGCUCUGAGCUUGAAGACCUCAAAUCUGAGAGAGCUGGACCUGAGCUACAACCAUCCAGGAGACUCAGGAGAGAAGAUGCUGAGAGCUAAAGUGGAGGAUCCACACUGUAGACUGGAAACUCUCAGGGUGACGCCUGCUGGAGUCCGAUGGUUGACACCAGGUCUGAGGAAGUAUUCCUGUCAACUCACAGUCGAUACAAACACAGUACACAGAAAACUCAAACUGUCUGACAACAACAGGAAGGUGACAUAUGUGGAGGAGGAUCAGAGGUAUCCUGAUCAUCCAGACAGGUUUGACUGGUAUCAUCAGCUGCUGUAUGGAACUGGUCUGACUGGUCGCUGUUACUGGGAGGUGGAGUGGAGAGGAGUGGUUGCUAUAUCAGUGAGUUACAGAGGAAUCAGAAGGAAAGGAGACAGUUAUGACUGUGGGUUUGGAUUUAAUGAUCAGUCCUGGAGUCUGUUCUGCUCUGAUUAUGGUGGUUACUCUGUCAUUCACAAUAACAGUAAAACAUCCAUCAGGUCCUCCUCAGUCUCUCACAGAGUUUCAGUUUAUGUGGACGUUCCUGCUGGAACUCUGUCCUUCUACAGAGUCUCCUCUGACUCUCUGAUCCUCCUCCACACCUUCAACACCACAUUCACUGAACCUCUCUAUCCUGGAUUUGGGUUCUGGAGGUUCUUUCCUGGUUCCUCCUCAGUGUCUCUGUGCUGAGUCUCGUCUCCAGAGUCUCCUCCUGGUACAGAAACAGUGUUGAACAGAUGGUUGAGUCUCUCCAUGACUCUGUCCCUCACAAACAUGUUUUCACAUUCAUGGAUUAAAUGUGUUUCUUUGUCAAAUCCUUCUCAAUGAUUCCUUGUAAACUUGUUCCUCUUCAAAGAUGAAGUUGUGAUUCUUCCAGGAGCCAAAUGUGGUGUUUGCGUCUUUUUCCAGUCAAAUGUUGAGAGUGAAAAUCAGGAUGUGGUGUUCCUCUGACGCUCACUGGAACUAAAAGCAUUUGAGCUGCACAAAGUGUGAAAUGAGAGAGGAAGCAGUGAAUCUCCAAACUGCUGACAGACUUUCACACAUUAUUGUCCAGUGAAAAUCAGCUUUUUGUGCAGCCACACUUGAUCCUGAUGUGAGUCUUUAAGUCCUGUUCUAGUGAUGAAAUGAGAACUUCCUUCAUCUGUGUCACUCUUUCCAAAGUAUUCUGUGCUCUUCUGUCAUUUAUGUCUUAUUGAUAGAUCCAUUUUUCAUUUUUACAAUAAAUAAGUGCUUCAAUGUUUUUUCAUCAGUUUUUUUUGAUCAGAUUCUGAAUUUCUGGUUUCAUCAACAAAUUCUAUCAGAUUGUAUUUUUCCAUCAAAGCUCCCAUAACCCUAGCUAUCUGUGGAUCAAAAUGUUUUCAGCAUCGAU